GCGGGCCGGGCGCGCUCAGAAACAUGCUGAGGUCCCGGCUGCUGUUCCGGCAGCGGCGGCGGCGGCUCCAGCAGCAGCGGCGGCGGCGGCGGCGGCGACAGCGGCCCCAGCGCUCGGCUCCGGCGGGGGAGGCGCACGGUGUCCAUGCCUCCUGCCCCGCGUCGCGGCUGCCCUGACCCGGCCCGGCCCCUGGGGCGCUCCCGGAGCUCGGCCCAGCCCCGCCACACCCUCCGCCCCCGGCCUCCGCAGCUCGGCAUGGGAUCGGGGGCGCUCGCCCUGGGCGCCUCCGAGCCCGGCAACCUGUCGUCCGCCGCGCCGCUCCCCGACGGGGCGGCCACCGCGGCGCGGCUGCUGGUGCCCGCGUCGCCGGCCGCCUCGAUGCUGGCCCCGGCCGGCGAGGGGCCCGCGCCUCUGCCGCAGCAGUGGACGGCCGGCAUGGGGCUGCUGCUGGCGCUCGUCGUGCUGCUCAUCGUGGCCGGCAACGUGCUGGUGAUCUUGGCCAUCGCCAAGACGCCGCGGCUGCAGACUCUCACCAACCUGUUCAUCAUGUCUCUGGCCAGCGCCGACCUGGUCAUGGGGCUGCUGGUCGUGCCUUUCGGGGCCACCAUCGUGGUUUGGGGGCGCUGGGAGUACGGCUCCUUCUUCUGCGAGCUCUGGACGUCGGUGGACGUGCUGUGCGUGACCGCCAGCAUCGAGACCCUGUGUGUCAUCGCCCUGGACCGCUACCUCGCCAUCACGUCGCCCUUCCGCUACCAGAGCUUGCUGACCCGCGCCCGCGCCCGCGCCCUCGUGUGCACCGUGUGGGCCAUCUCGGCCCUGGUGUCCUUCCUGCCCAUCCUCAUGCACUGGUGGCGGGCCGAGGGCGAAGAGGAGCGUCGCUGCUACAACGACCCCAAGUGCUGUGACUUCGUCACCAACCGGGCCUAUGCCAUCGCCUCUUCUGUCGUGUCCUUCUACGUGCCCCUGUGCAUCAUGGCCUUCGUGUACCUGCGCGUCUUCCGCGAGGCCCAGAAGCAGGUGAAGAAGAUCGACAGCUGCGAGCGCCGCUUCCUGGCCGGAGGUCCCGCGGCGCCCUCGCCCGCGCCCUCGCCCGGCUCCCCGCGCCCAGACGCCGACCCCGACCCCCGGGCACCUCCUUUGGCCAACGGGCGCCCCAGCAAGCGCCGGCCGUCCCGCCUCGUGGCCCUGCGCGAGCAGAAGGCGCUCAAGACCCUGGGCAUCAUCAUGGGCGUGUUCACGUUGUGCUGGCUGCCCUUCUUCCUGGCCAACGUGGUGAAGGCCUUCCACCGCGACCUGGUGCCCGACCGCCUCUUCGUCUUCUUCAACUGGCUGGGCUACGCCAACUCGGCCUUCAACCCCAUCAUCUACUGCCGCAGCCCCGACUUCCGCAAGGCCUUCCAGCGCCUGCUGUGCUGCGCCCGCCGCGCGGCCCGCGGGGGCCCCGGCGCCGCCUCCCCACGCGCCCGUGCCCCCGCCCCGGGCUGCCUGGGGCUCCCCCGGCACCCGCUGCCCUCGCCCGGGGCCGCCUCGGACGACGAAGACGACGACGACGACGACCAAGACGGGCCGGCGCCGCCUGCUCGCCUGCUGGAACCCUGGGCCGGCUGCAACGGCGGGGAGGCGGCGGCGGACAGCGAUUGGAGCCUGGACGAGCCCCGCCGGCACGCACGCGCCUCCGAGUCCAAGGUGUAGGGCGGCCCUGCUCCCGGAGCCCAGGCGCCCCCCUGAGCCCCGGAAUGGCUUCCCGGGGCGGGGUGGGGGGCACGACAUCUGUUUACUCAAGACCCAAAGCAGGUGAAGCCCGCACGGAUCGGGAUCGGAUCGUCCAGGACACACUGCAAAGCUGCGGACCACAGAAAGGAAAGUUGGGCAAAAGGGGUGGGAGAGUGGCUUGGCGAGUUUUUGUUUGUUUGUUUGUUUAAUAACCCUCUUGGGUUUUUCUUUUUCGGUAGUCCGACGUGUGUGUGUGUGUGUGUGUGUGUGUGUGUGUGUGUGCGCGCGCGCGCGCGCGGCGCCUGUGAUGAAUCUUUUGACUUUUUAUUAUUGUUACUAUAUUUGUUUUCUAGAUGGCUUUUGACACUUUCUGCCAGGAGCAGAGAGGGUGAAAAGGGAAAAAGCAAUGAAGGGACAGAAGUCUAAAUCGAUUUGGCUCCAGUCCCAUCCCCAGCAUCCCAGAGAGAAAGAGAGAGGGGAGAGAAGGGGGAAUGAUAGUUUGUCAGGACAUGCCUUCUUUUGCUUUCCAGAGAAGUUUUUCAGUCAUUCCUUAGUGGUGAUUGUGCCUCUUCUGUAAGCAAAGGGGCAGGCUGACUGCAGAACUUACGUUUCAAGCAACUAUUAGCUGUUCUUGGAACAAGCCUCACCUUGCUUUUCCUUCUGUAGGGCACACCUGCCCUCCCCGUGCGCCUCGGUGGUCAGGCUGAGGGGGUUGCUACCUCACUCUGUGCACAUUGCACAGCAAGAUAGAAAGACUUGUUUAUAUUAAACAGCUUAUUUGUGUAUCAAUAUUAGCUGGAAGGACCAGGCGCUCAGCCUCUUUACCAUGUGACCGACUGUCCAUUGAAGACAGGACAGAAAAAGGGAGGAAAAAAGAGGAAAUAGUUCCGAUUUACUGCACAUGUGGUUAAAAACACAAAGCAAAAUUUUAAAAGGGGGGAAUGGGUCAAAAUGCCAUUUUUGCACAGUGUUAGGAAUUGUAAAAUCCACAGAAGAUGUUACUUGCACAAGUAAAAUAUUUUAAUAGGGCGAGGGGGGUAAGUCUUAAAAACUAAAAUAAAAUUCAAACUCUACUUCUGUUGUCUAUUAUGUUAUUGAGCUAAUGGUUUGUUGGAAAGGUAUCUUUUAUACUCUUUUAUCAUGGUACUGUAAUUGUAUCCAUAUUCUAGAUAUAAUUAUCAAGGAUUUUUUUAUGAUUUUUUUUAUGUCCAAGCACCCAUGUGAAUCUGGUUUUAAAAAAAGAAGAAGAAA